CCCGCGCUUUGCGCCUUGUGGCACGCCGGCAGUGCAGCGCGCGUGCUCCCUCUCGUCUUGCGUUCGGUUCUCGUUCCGGCCGCUGCCGCUGUAUCGCGCUCGCGCGUGCGCUGUGAGCUACGCGUGCGUGUGUGUGUUUUGUUUCUUGUGUUGACUCCGGUCGCGGUUCCAAUUCCGAAAAUAACCCCGCCGGCGCCAUGGAUGAGGAGAGUAUGUGGAAACAGUUCUACGAGAAGGUGAAGGAGCAGCAGGACAGCACGAAGACCAUGGACGUGCUUGAUGUCAGAGUGCAGGAGCUGGAUGGCGGCUUCUUCGAGAAGUUCGGCACUCUGCUGAAGGAGCAGGCGGAGGAGCAGGAGCUCCGGGAGAAGAGCCCCGAGAUCAUUGAGGACGCCAACGGCGAGGCGGAGGGCGUCGAAGGCGAAGGCGGAGGCGAGGGCGAGGGCGAAGGAGACGCGGAGGGCGAGAAUGGCGUCGCCCACGAGGACGGGGAAACCCUCCCCGUCCCCGAGGACUCCGACUCGGAGCCCGAGCUGGCGGACAAGACAGACCUCAUCUCCGUCGCCAUGGGGUGGAACAUUGAGGAGCUGUACCUGGAGGUGCUGUAUGAGAUCCUGCACAUCGUCGGAUGCGACGCCAGCGCCGCGGAGGAGCGGGCCGCGCUCUUCACCUACCUGCAGGAGGCCUUCAAGCUCGACGACGACCGCCACAACGAGCUGCUGGAGAGGGCCAAGGCGAAGGAGGCACCUAACAUUCUAUUGAACGUAGAGGUGAUAGAAGCAAAGGAAUUGAAGUCAAAAGAUGCAAAUGGUCUUAGCGAUCCAUUUUGUACAUUAUAUUUAACUUCGGCAAACACACAUCGCUAUAAUACUUCCGUGAAAUCGGGAACCUUAUGUCCAACAUGGGAGGAACACUUCUCUUUGGAUUUCGACCCGGCGGAAACUGUUCGCGAGAAAAUGAUGAAGAUCGGCGGAGUAAAAGGAGUCAAGGGCCUGAGGAAGCUCAUGAAGGAGAUAGCAGUAACCGCCUCCACGGGAAAACACGACAAUGAAUUCGUCGGGAGCGCCCUUUUACCUCUCAGGAAUAUUCCCGCUCCCGGCCAAACAGUGUGGUGCACACUGGAAAGAAAAGGCAAAGCAAAGAAACAGGGAUUGGUAAAACUGAAGCUGGCCUUUAGCUCGGAAAAAAAUUCACAAGUAGCCUUUCAAGAGCAUAGACAUCUUCUGCGGCUACUGCUUUUACAUCAUCUUGAGACUUCAAAGCUGGGUAUCCUACUCUUUUUGAUUCAACUGAAAAAGAAAUCAAAAUGCACUGGUACUGAUGUGAUUGAUGGCAAAGUGGAACCAUAUCACUGGCAAGGAAACUUCUCAUCAGCUGCUCAAACAAUUUUAACCCAACAUCUUGUGCAGUGUGGUCUCUCACAGACUGAAAUCAUAUUAGCAAAAUGGGUUGAAUAUUCCAGUGUUCAUCUAGAUCAUCAUUUAAGCUUCAAAGUAUUUCCUAUUUUAUUAGAAAAUCUAUUGAAGCCACUUAAUAAUAAACUGUUAUGCGAUGAGAAUGAAAAACUGUUUUGGGAAUCUACUAAGAAACUGAUGCCAUCUUGUCUCAAUGCCAUAAGGAAAAUUCGUAAAUUAACACCCAGUGAUAAGAAUACCAUUAAUCAAUUGACAUCCUUACUGAGUGUUCUCUCUAAGCUGAGGUGCUUGACUCCACCAGAAGAUUUUGAAUUAUUUCCUACUGCUCUGUAUGAUCACAUCAUUGAAAAUAAUAUAAUCAGUGAUAGUGAAUCAUCAGAAGAAACCCGUUUAAAUCAUUUAAUUAAAAUAGUACAACUUGUCCGUGCAGAUCUUCAGAAAGCAACUGAAUUUCAUGAUAAAAUUUUUCAGGAAUCUAUGCAGAUCCCUUAUGCACAAAUUUUGUAUUCUAUUUAUGAAGCAAAAGUAUCUGAACUGGUAGAGCCUGUUGUUGAAGAUGUUUGUAGGAGUUUAAAACCUCUGAAGUUCACUAGUGAGAUUCCACCAGAAGUAAAUGAAAAUGAUCCUCUAACAAUGGGCACAAAGUUAUUUGAAUUGUACCUGAUUCUCCAAAGAUUUUCUGUUUUAGGAACAGGAUUAUCUCCAAGCGAUACCACAAAAUAUAAAAUAACUGAAUUCCAUCGUUGGUUUCACCGAGGUGUAGCACAAUGGUUGGAUAUUGCUUUAUGGAAGGCAUUGCAAAGGAUAAAUAAGGCUGUUGAACUAGAUGAACUAGUUCCUGUGAGCAGUUCUGUUAAAUACAGUUCCUCAGCUGUUGAUACUCUUGCCAUUUUUUAUCAGAUAAAAAUAUUCUGGCAGCAGCUUUCCUGGCCUGAUGUUGAGGGAUCUUACACAUUCGUUGCCAAAAUCAUUGAUGAUAUUUGUAGGUGUUCAGUGUUCUAUGCGGACAAAAUGAGUGAGCGAGUUGAGGGUUUGGGAGAAAGUGAAAAUGUUUUUGAAAAGCGAUUUGAAGUAACCAAAGAAUGGUGUCUUGCAAUUAAUAACAUAGACUACGUACGGCAAUCAAUUUUACCAUUUGUUGGUGAACUUGGAAUGGAUGAUAUUGUCAAUGAACUUGCCAACUUUCGAAGCAGUACAGCAGCAGAGCACUGUAGGCAAACCCUUCAACUAGUCAUAGAUAAUACGGUAGAAACUGUCGGCAAUAAGAUUGUGGACUUGCUAGAAACUGUGGCUCAAAAGAUUCUUGUGGGUUUCUUUCGACAAGGGGAGGAGCAUAGCAGUGCAUGCAAUACUGAAGCACUACACGAGAUUGAAGAUCUUCUGUCUCUUCAUAGUAUGGAGACCUGGCAGCUUAUUCAUAGAUUCCAUUUAGAAAGACUUGCUGAGCAGAAGGCAAUGGAAACUGCAUGUUGGGGUCUAAUCACAAUAAAAGCCCAAUUUGUUGAAGAUUUAUUAAGGAUACAAAUUCUCAAUGCACGUAACUUACAUCCCAAAGAUUCCAAUGGUUCAUGUGAUCCUUAUGUUAAAGUAUAUUUAUUACCUACAGAAAAGUUUAUUGGAGCACCAAAACCAAGAACUAAAACGCACAAGAAAAAUUUAUUUCCUCUCUUCGACGAAACAUUUACUCUAGCAUUAACAAAUAAUCAAAGGCAAGUAGAGGAUGGAAUGAUUUUAUUUACAAUUAAAGAUCAAGAUUUCCUUGGUAACGAGUUCGUUGCUGAAGCAUACAUUCCCUUUGCUGAUAUACCACAGACUGAAAUGACGACAGGUCUUGAAGAAUUGGAACAGAUUCACUUAAAACUCAACAAACCAAAGAAUCUCAAUUCACGCAUUUCCAAAGCAUUGGAUCAUAGGCAGGGAGACAGACUUGCAAAAGACUUCAUGAAGAAACAAAGAUCAAAAGUUUCCCAUUAGAUACUAUUGUUAAUAGUAUACUGAGUGCUUGAAAUACAGCAUCUAUGUAAUUUAUUAUGUCUGGCUUGAGAGCAAGAUUGCAUAUUUUUAAUAUGUCUAUAUUAAAUUAUUGGGAUGAUAUAUUCUGUGUAAAUAUUCUUUUUUCAUUGUGAUCUUUUCUUUAUAAAUGUUACAUAUUUGUAGAUAUAUUGUUCGUAAUAAAUUUUUUUGUAUAAAAAUUAACAAUAUGGUUUUUUGAGGUAGUAUUAAA